AGUAAGCAAAUGCCCAUUCUUCAUCCGCUAAGCAGAGCUCUCUAGAUUUGUCCACCGAUGGAGGUCGAGCGGUCGAAUCGUCCCUCCGUCGACCUCAACCUCUCAAUCGGCUCCUCCCUCUCCCUCUGCUUCUUCCCCGGCGAUCCUCAGGCAGCAUCCGAUUAUCAACAACAGCCGCCGAUUGGAAUCCUCAAGCUGGAGCUCGAUCGCGCCAGCGAGGAGAACAAGAAGCUCAAGGAAACGGUGGCCGACAUGGUCAACAAGUACAGCGCGCUGCGAAGCCAGGUGAGUCGACUGGGGACGCCCAACGCCGCUAAUUCCUCCGACGGUGGCUCUGUUUCUCCGGCCACGAAUUUGAAGAGGAAGAGAGACUCCGGCGGGGAGAAAGAGAGCACAUCGAGCGGCGACGAGCUGAACUGGAACAGCAGAGUGAGGGAAGACAAGAUGAAGCCGAAGAUUUCGAAGCUUCAUGUGCGCACCGAUCCGUCAGAUACGAGACUGGUGGUGAAAGAUGGAUAUCAAUGGCGGAAAUACGGGCAGAAAGUGACGAGAGACAAUCCAUGUCCCAGAGCUUACUUCAGAUGCUCUUUCGCGACUUCUUGUCCUGUUAAAAAGAAGGUGCAGAGAAGCGCCCAAGACACAUCGAUGCUGGUCGCCACGUAUGAAGGCGAGCACAACCACGGGCGGCAAGCUCACCAGCCUCCGGCUGCGGCGAACAAGAUUCCGGCCGUCGAAGUAGGUCCGGUGAAGUCGACGAAGGUUGAUGAGAGGUUGGAGUCGUCGCCGGAGCUGCGCCGGAGUCUGGUGGAGCAGAUGGCGGCGUCGUUGAUUAAUGACCCGGCAUUCAAGAGCGCGCUCACGGCGGCCAUUUCCGGGAGGAUGCUUCGUUGAUCGAUCGGUUUUGAUCUGGUUCAGGUUUAGUCGUUUCCUAGAAUUUGUAGUUUAUGCAGUGAUCGUCUUCAUCAUCCUUGCAAGGUUUGGAGAUGAUUAUGAUUCAUGGGUGAGGUAAUCUGGGAUUGUAAUUUGUAAAUAUACGAUCUAGUAGUCUUUUGCUAAAUGAUUAAAGAAUUUAUUCGAAAUUAGUUU